AUGUCGACCAGUGCUGAUAAUACGAGCAAUAGCAAUGCUUACCGGAUCCCGCUCCUGAAGGAAGACAAUUGGCUCCCGUGGAAGCGCCGCGUCGAGGCCAUCCUUAAUGAUAAGGGUCUCCAGGAGUAUGUGACCGGAAAGACACCGAAGCCGCAGCCGAGUAAUGACCCGGCCAAUAGGGCAGCGAGAGAGGCGGAGAUUAGCGCCUGGGGAGAGAAGGACCUCAAGGCCCAGAACGUAAUUGUGCUAUCGCUGGGAGAUUCCCAGAUGGUGCACAUCGCUGGAGCUGAGACGGCACGGGCCAUGUGGGAGCAGCUUCGCACAGUCAAGGAACAGCGUGGACAGCAUGGAAUUCUCGCGCUGUGCCGGCGUUUUUACCGGAUGCAAGCCAAGGAAGAAGAUAAUAUCUCCAGUCACAUUACACAGCUACGACAGAUCCAGGAACAACUCCACCUAAUGGGGAAGGUUGUUUCUGACGAGGAUUUCCGGCUCAUUCUGGCUACCUCAUUACCGGAGAGCUGGGACUCUUUCCUCAGCUCUUACUUUGGCGCCGUGGGCGGCAAUGUUGGCGCCGAAGGUGCUGACAAUGUGCGCCCUCAGCUUACAUCACAAGAAUUGAUUGCCAUCAUUUUUGAUGAAAAUAGGCGAAGGCACGAGCGUGGCGAGCGCGGUCAAUCCUCGGACCAAGCCAUGGUUGCCAAAGGAAAGAAGCGCCCCUUUGGGGAAUACAAAAAAUGUUCGAUCUGCGGAAAGCCGGGACAUCUUGGUAACGAGUGUCGGCACCGCGACAAGGUCAAAUGUAUGAAUUGCGGAAAAUUCGGGCAUAAGGCCACGGAUUGUUGGGCUAAAGGCGGCGGCAAAGCCGGACAGGGCCCGCCGAUGAAACGGCAAAAGAUGGAACGUGCUUACGAAGCGCGCGAGGUCGAAUCGAAAGAGGAUGAGGCAAAAAUAGCCUACGAUAAUGAUAGCGACACUGUAUCUCUCGGAUCUGAUGGCGAAAUCGCUUCUUUCUAUGAGUGGUUUGCCGACUCCGGGACAACUUCGCACAUUACAAAUCGUUGUGAAGUCUUCGCGACCUAUCAGGCGCUCGAAGAUCACACGAUCAUGGGCAUCGGACCGCAACCAACGCAGGCAUUGGGCCGCGGUACGGUCGAUGUCGAAAGUGAAGUAGGAGACCGGAAAGUGAAAUUCCGUCUCCACGGUGUACUGUAUGCGCCGACAGCACCCAAUAGCCUCCUCUCCAUCAUGCGUUUGGACGACACGGGAGGAAGAGUACUUAUGGGUAAUAGUCGUGCAAUACUAAUAGAUAAAAAUAAACACACUCUUGCUAUAGGCAAGAAAAAUGGACGACUAUAUUCAUUGAAAUUGCGUCCAAUAGUUCCGCAACCUGUGCGAACCUAUACUGCUAAGGAAUACGGCCCGCAUACCUGGGAAGAGUGGCACAAGAUCUAUGACCAUAUCGGGAAACCAGCGCUUAUGCGAUUAUAUCGCGAAGGGCUUGUUGAUGGCCUAGAAAUCUCGCCAAGCCCAGAUGAAAUUAAUUGCGAGGCGUGCAUCCAAGCAAAGGCAACGCGGAAGCCAUUUCCCAAAGAGACGGACGAAUGCAACAAGGUACCCGGAGAAUUAACACACACGGAUGUGUGGGGACCUGCGCAGACAGCCGCUCUACAAGGGUGGAAAUAUUUUAUUACAUUUACCGAUGAUUACAGUCGUCGAAGUACAGUACUAUUUAUGAGGCAUAAAGAUGAAGUAACAGAAAAGGUAAAGAAUUAUAUUACCUAUAUCGAGCACAAGUUUGGAAAUAAACCCUUGCGACUCAGGCUCGACAACGGUCGAGAAUAUAUGAACACCGAAUUAAUUAACUGGUGUCAAAUGAAAGGGAUCGAGAUGGGUCCGACUGUGCCGUACUCACCAUCCCAGAAUGGAGUCUCUGAGAGAUUGAAUCGCACACUGCUUGGACUAGCGCGCGCGAUGAUCUAUGCGAGAGAUCUACCUCGUUAUCUUUGGGCUGAAGCGAUUGCUCACGCAGUCUAUAUUAAAAAUAGAUCGCCUACCCAGGCGUUAAAUGGGGCAACUCCCGAAGAAAAAUGGAAUGGGACGAAACCAAAUAUCUCGUACCUACAAGAAUUCGGUUCCCCCGUAUGGGUCCUCACGGAGGAUGCAACACUAUCAAAGCUAGCGCCCCGUGCCAACAAGUAUAUUUUUGUUGGAUACAUGGACGGACCCAAAGCCAUCAAAUAUUAUGAUGCGCAUAUGCGCCAGAUUAAAAUCUCGCGUAAUUUCCAAUUUUCUUCGAAUUCCCCGGACCAUUUGCCCGGCAACGCGCCUCACGUGCCACAAGAGCAAAUAGGAUCCGACAUACCUAUCCUCACAGCACAGCGUGAGGGGGAGCAAAAUAUAUUUCCGGGCACUUUAUCUAGCAAUGCGUCAGACGUGCCGCAUGCGGAAAGGAGACCCGAAGUCCCAAACCUCACAACGACCGCAGACGUGCAGCGCGAGGGGGAGUUAGGAACUUCCACGCCACAGUCACCUGCCAAAAAUCCGCGAAAGCGCAGACAGGAUGAUGAUCCUGAUCAACGCGAGGAAAGCGGGACGGACGCACCAAGCCAGCCCAGACAAACCAGAAGAAAGACAGUUCGGCAUGAUUACCGUCUAAUGCACGACCCAGAGGCAGACGAAGAUCUGGAUAAUGAUCCAGAUAAAUCAAAUGCCGAAUUAGUCUAUAUUGCGAUGAGCGCCCACGGAAAUGUGGAUGCGGACGAGCCAAAGACGCUCAGUGAUGCCAAGAGAUCACUCGAGUGGCCCAAAUGGGAACAGGCAGUCCAGACGGAACUCAAUCAACUACAGGGUAUGGAGACUUGGGAGUUAGUGGAACCUCCCGAAGAUCGAAAACCCGUAGGAAAUAAAUGGGUUCUAGUUAAGAAAACAAACAAAGAGGGUGAAAUAAUCAAAUACAAAGCCCGCCUGGUUGCGAAGGGAUAUUCUCAAAUCCCAGGCAUGGACUAUACCGAGACGUUCGCGCCCGUAGUCCGCCUCGAAACCAUUCGAGCUAUCCUCGGGCUAGCCGCAAUCUUAGAUUGGGAGAUCGGACAGAUGGACGUGAAAGGCGCCUAUCUUAAUGGAACUCUCAAAGAAGAAGUGUAUAUGCGGCAACCCGAAGGAUACAGCGAUGGAACAUACCGCGUAUGUAAAUUAAAGAAAACCCUCUACGGGCUAAAGCAGUCUGGCCGAGAAUGGAAUAUCGUGCUGAACCGCAAGUUACUAGACGCGGGAUUCAAGCACCUAUUCUCGGAUCCAUGUGCGUACAUUCGGAUCAAAGGUGAUAAGAUAGAAAUCGUCACCGUUUGGGUAGACGACCUAUUAAUAUUCACCAAUGGUUGCGCACUGAUGGACCAAUUGAAGAGGGAACUCCGAAAUAUGUUCGAAGUUACCGACCUUGGCGAACCCCGAAAAAUUGUGGGGAUAGAAAUUGAGAGAGACCGUUCAAAGCGGACAAUCAAAAUCUCUCAGACAAAAUAUAUUGAGUCUAUCCUACACAAGAAUGGGCUUACGAACGCCAACACGGUCGGGAUGCCUCUUGAUCCAAAUACAGUGCUUGAAAAAGAAGAACCCGAAACUGAUGACGAAUGCGACCGAGACAACGGAUAUGCAUCGCUCGUUGGAUCACUGAUGUACGUGGCAAUUGCCAUGAGACCAGACAUUGCUCACGCCGUGCAACGGCUUAGCUCAUUUACUGCCAAUCCCAGAAUGGCUCAUUGGACUGCUGCUAAACGCGUCCUCCGCUAUCUAUCCGGAACGCGAGAACUUGGAAUAAUCUACGGGCCAAUUGCAGAUGUCAAGCCCGAAGAUCAAUCCAUAUUUGUGGGCUACUCAGAUGCAGACUAUGCGAACGAUAUCCGAGAUCGCAAAUCAAUCUCGGGAUAUUUAUUUAAAUUAGGAAAUGGCACGAUCACGUGGAGCUCAAAGAAGCAAACCACGGUCGCGUCAUCCACCACGGAAGCCGAAUACAUGGCAUCCGCCGAAGCGGCAAAAGAAGCCGUAUGGCUCCGAACACUAUUCAAAGAAAUAGGUUUCGAGCAACAAGAUCCUACAAUUUUAUUCGAGGAUAAUACAGCGGCGAUCUCAAUCGCACGUGAUCCCCAAUUCCACACGAAAUCAAAACAUUUUGAUGUAAAGCAUUAUUAUGUGUGCAAAAAAUUGAGGGAUAAAUAUAUUGAUAUCCACUACUGUCCCACGGAGGACAUGAUAGCGGAUAUCCUAACAAAGUCACUCCCUAAGCCGAGGCACGAGAAGCUCACAAAGAAGCUCAGAAUGCCCAUCGGCUUGAGGGGGAGUGUUGGAAAGUAG